ACGUCCGCGAUAGAACACAUUCUCUCUCUUCCCCCCUCUUUCUCUCUCUCUCUCCCCACGAAGAACUGGAAACACUCCUCUGCCUUUCUCUAGUCCUCGCCUCGUCUGAUACUUUCAAUACUUAAAGAAGACUUCGAACAAAGAUUUAGUCCAAAAACACAAAACCCUAGCGAACAACAUCUCACCGGCAUAUCCCCACCUCUGUACACUUAAAUGCGAGCAGAACAGAGCAAGUUCAAGGAGCAGAAGAGUUACAGUGGAUUGUCUCCAGUUUUCGCCACUUAGGUCGUUUCUUACCGUGGUUGUUGAGUAUUUGUUCAAGACUUUUGAGGCUGUAUUGGAUGAAGGAUUUGUGAAGGGCGUUACUGAGGGAAAUUUAGAGGUGGGAGAAACAAACUGGAAACCUGUGAAGCAAAAUCCAUCUUGUUUUCUUUUUCCUCCACAAAUCUCUAUGAAAAUUCUUAAUCCAAACACAACCUAAGUUCUUUUGAUUCUUUUUAGGAGGGUUUUGGGUCUCUGUAUGCGGGCACUAGGUACACGAGUGCUCUCUUUUAGUUAUCAAAGUCGUAAUUUGUUUAUUUUGUUGGCUUCUUCCACAAUGCUCUAGUGAUAAAGCCUUUCUUAUAGUUGUCAAAUUAUGCACAGGUUCAUGCCAUGUCCAGCCAAAGAUUGUCCCUUUGGCCUUUAGCAGAGCUAAGGGACUUCAAGGAUGUUCAGAACCAUAGCUUGUUAUUUGCUUCUGGUUUACCUUGGCCACAGAUUCGUGCUUGGUAAAGUUCAAAACGGUAUGCUCAAGCACAAGGGCUUUCCUUUUCUAUCGGUGCACAAUAAAGAGUUGGCAAUGUCUACCCUUGGCUCUGAAUGUAGGAUGCUUUUUGGGUUGAUUAAUAAAUUGGGUUCUGUACACUUUGCUGUGUAAUAGUUGUGCAUUUGAAUCUUGUACCACUGAGUGCCAAAUUGCUGUUUGUUUAGGUAGUGUUGUGCUUGGUAAUUGUUUGCAGAUUGCACUUUUAGAAAAAAAAAAUGGUACCAACAGGGCCUUCUUCCACUCAAAUGGGUGGUCCCCACUCCCAGCCCGUUCCACCUUCGCUACUGCGAUCAAAUUCUGGUUUAAUGGGUGGCGGUCAAGGGGGUUCAAAUUCUCUUGCAUCACCUCGUACACAGUUUACUAACAUGAACAUGCUUGGCAAUGUGUCCAAUGGUUCAUCCCUCCUCCCUCAGUCUUUUGGAACAAUAGGCCCGAAUUCUGGAUUUUCUGGAGCCGAAUCUGACCAAAACCCCACACUUGGAAAUGGAAUGGGUUUUACUUCGUCUCCUCCAUCCUUUGCACCGUCAAAUAUGGCAAACCCUAGUUCAUCGGUUGAGGUGCAGGGACAGCAGUUUCCUUCGGGUAGCCAGAUGCUGCCAGAUCAACAACAGUCUCAACAGUUACAGCAGCUACAUUCUUUGAGAAAUUUGGGCCCUGUAAAACUGGAACCCCAACAAAUUCAGACCAUGAGAAGCCUGGGACCCGUCAAGAUGGAGCCCCAACAUUCAGACCAACAAAUCCAGACCAUGAGGAGCCUGGCACCCGUCAAGAUGGAGCCCCAACAUUCAGACCAGUCAUUGUUUCUGCAUCAACAGCAACAACACCACCACCAACAACAGCAGCAGCAGCAGCAGCAGCAGCAGCAACAGCAACAGCAGCAGCAGUUUCUUCACAUGUCACGACAGUCUCAGGCUGCUGCUGCUCCGCUCAAUCUUUUGAAUCAACAGAGAAUUUUGCACCUUCAGCAACAGCACCAACAACAGCUUGCCUUGAAAUCCCUUCCCUUACAACGAUCCUCAUCACAGCAGCUGUUUCAAACACAGAAUUUACCUUUGAGGUCCCCUGCAAAACCAGUGUAUGAACCUGGGAUGUGUGCCAGACGGCUGACACGAUAUAUGUAUGAGCAACAACACCGACCUGAGGACAACAAUAUUGAGUUUUGGAGGAAAUUUGUGGCUGAGUAUUUCGCCCCUAAUGCAAAGAAGAAGUGGUGUGUUUCAUUGUAUGGAAGUGGGCGCCAAACAACCGGAGUUUUCCCUCAGGAUGUAUGGCACUGUGAAAUAUGUAACCGCAAACCCGGCCGUGGAUUUGAGGCAACGGUUGAGGUUCUUCCAAGGCUUUUCAAAAUUAAGUAUGAGAGUGGAACUUUGGAAGAACUACUUUAUGUUGAUAUGCCUCGGGAAUAUCAGAACUCCUCUGGUCAAAUCGUGCUGGACUAUGCAAAAGCCAUACAGGAAAGCGUCUUCGACCAACUUCGUGUUGUGCGGGAUGGUCAACUUCGGAUUGUUUUUUCACUAGACCUGAAGAUAUGCUCUUGGGAGUUUUGUGCUCGGCGUCAUGAAGAGCUCAUUCCUCGAAGAUUGCUAAUUCCUCAGGUUACUCAGCUUGGGAUUGCAGCUCAAAAGUACCAGGCUUCUACUCAAAAUGCAUCAUCCAAUUUGUCGGUGCCUGAGUUACAAAGUAACUGUAACAUGUUUGUUGCCUCAGCUCGUCAGUUGGCAAAAGUGCUGGAAGUGCCAUUAGUUAAUGAUUUAGGAUAUACAAAGAGAUACGUGCGCUGCCUUCAGAUAUCUGAGGUGGUCAAUAGUAUGAAAGAUUUGAUUGAUUACAGCAGAGAAACUGGCACUGGACCUAUGGAAAGCUUGGCGAAUUUCCCUCGGAGGACAAAUACGACAUCUGGGUUUCAUGGUCAACCUCAACAAACGGAGGAGCAACUACGCCAACAGCAUCAAACAGUGGGUCAGAUCUUAAACAAUGAUCAGACCUCUGUUCAAGACACAUCGAUGCAAGUCGCUACUACUAAUGGUGUGCCCAGUGCAAACAACCCUCUUAACUUACCAUCCAACCCUUCCUCCACUAGCUCUGUUGUUGGGCUUCUCCACCAGAACUCAAUGAACUCUAGACAACAAAACCCUACCAACAAUCCUGCGAAUUCCCCAAAUAUCCCUGUGCAACAAUCCGCUCUAUCCGGUGACGCUGAUCCAAAUGAUUCUCAUAGUUCUGUUCAGAAAAUCAUCCAAGAAGUGAUGAUGACUUCACAACUGAAUGAUGUGAAAAAUGUUAAUGGGAUAUUGAUGAGAAAUAAUAGCAUGGGUCUUAAUGGUGGAGUUGUUGACGGCAAUGUAGGAAUGGCUGGAGGAUUUGGCGGCGGCAUAGGUGGUGGUGGUGGAAUUGGCCAGGCGGCCAUGAUAAAUGGACUCCGAGCAGCUAUGGGAAAUAACUCUAUGAUAAUGAAUGGAAGGGUAGGGAUGACAUCUAUGAGUCGAGAUCAAAAUAUGAACCAUCAACAGCAGGCCUUGGGGGACCAGCUGAUUAGUGGUCUUGGAGCUGUAAAUGGGUUCAAUAAUCUCCCGUUUGAUUGGAAAUCAUCUCCAUGAAGUUUUCGGGUUUUGAGUGAAAUGAUUAGAUUACAGCUGCUUGGGCAGGAAACUGCAGAAUUGCCUUUGGCCGUGGUGAAGAUUGCAUAAUGAUGAAUUGGUUUAAGGGCAGAAGAGGAAAAACGUAAAGCAUUGCGUUUUCGUCCUUUGACAUGUUUUAUCAGCCUAAGUUUGCUUCAUUUCCUUCUAACGAUAUUCUAUACCCAAAUCUAUUAUUCAAUACAGCCGUCUUCCUCCCCCCCCCCCCCCCCCUGCUAACAGCCUUGGAAUGAGAAAUUCAGGGUGUGUGAAUGUUGUCCGGUGGAGCUUUCUUGAAAUCUACUUACCGUGUAGCUUUUUUCGCGCCAUUUGUAAACUAGAGUGUCCUCUCUCUCUCUCUCUCUCUCUCUCUCUCUCUCAACAGGCGAGUGUAUGUAUAUCCUAAGGUUGGUUUUGGGUGAAAGUUUAAUGUAAUUACUUAAGAGCUCCAUAGGUUGAUUUUCAGUGGUUUA